AUGACGGUUCGUGCAUUACAUUACGUAUUCAAGAUCGCUGACCGGAAAAAAAGUCGAGACUUCUUUGUGAAUGUUUUAAAAAUGAAGGUUUUGCGGCAUGAAGAAUUCGACGAAGGUUGUAAGGCAUUAUGUAAUGGUCCCUAUGAUGGAAAAUGGAGUAAAACAAUGGUUGGCUAUGGAAGUGAAGAUAAUCACUUUGUAAUCGAACUCACAUACAAUUAUCCAAUCAAUUCUUACAAGCUGGGCAAUGAUUUCGAGGGAAUAUGCAUCAGAUCUAAAGAUGUCUUUGAAAAUUGUAAAGUUACUCAUGUGGGCGUUGUGUUGUGCAGUGGAGAAAUGGAAAUUGAGGAUCCUGAUGGUCACAGAUUUUACAUAUCUCCUUCAGCUGAUGCGGAUCCAAUUUAUAAGGUGAAAUUCAAUACACCCGAUAUAAAAGCAACAAUGGGUACGGAGUUUUUUCACAUUUUGUCAUACAGUUCUCUUUAUCUUAUUAAAAGUUUUCUGAAACAAUUGGUUAUAAUAAAAAAUUUUUUAUAUUCUUUACAGUUGGAAAAAAUACAAAAAAAAAUGGAAGAUGAGAAUCAAAAAAUUUUAACUUCUCUGAAAAAAUUGGAUACUCCUGGAAAAGCAAGUGUUCAAGUUGUUAUUCUAGCUGACCCAAAUGGUCAUGAAAUUUGUUUCGUUGGUGACGAAGCUUUCCGGGAAUUAUCUCAAACUGAUCCUAAUGCUGACCAGAUAUUACUCCAUUCGAUUGAGAAAGACAAAAGUGCUAUUUAUAAAAGACAUGCUUUCUAA